GUGGGGGCUUUAUCUCAACUUGCACACUGAAUCUAUAUAACUAGCAUCCUUUUUACACCGGAAUUAUUUUUUGAAAACGCACCGAUAUGUUCGCACGUUAGGUUAUAGUGUAGUAUAGUGUUAAGUGAGUGUUGACUUUUAUUUAAGGAUAGCUUGGAUUUAUAAGGAUUACGAUGACGGUACAACAGAUGUUUGUUGCAUUCUCGUGCUUAUUACUGGCGACGCAACAAAUUGCAGCUGUCGUAAAUAACCCGAAAAGUGUGAAUUUAGAAGAAACCUCCACUAGCAAAAAUGUCAGCAGCACUGGUACGAAAGACUCAGCUUCCGCUGCUACUGAACAAGAAGCGAAGCGUCGUGAAGCGCCUAUUAUUGCUGUCAGCGACACGUACGGCUUGCCUUUGACGGGAGCUGGAGUGGAUACAUACAUUCCGACGGGACCCAGCAACCCCACACUCCCAAUUCCCGUGUACGGCGUCCCCGAUGGACCCUCUAGUAACAUAAUUUAUCCAGCACCACCCCCAGAUAUACCUCCACCUCUCCCGUCCGUGUCUUCCACCUACGGGAUUCCUCUGCCAACAUACGGUGCACCACAAAGCGUCGAUUUUGGGUCUUCAUUCCUAAACAACUUUAUUCCUCCUCCUCCUCCUCCAACUAAGUAUUUGCCCCCGAUUAAAUCGCAUAAGCAUUUUAUCUCGUCAUCGUUCCAUUCAAAACCAUCAAGACCACGACCCCAAUAUGGAGUACCACAUAAACCAGUUUUCGUGCCCAAGUUGCCAAAACCGAAACCUGUGUACGGACCUCCAAAAACGCCGUUAUUCGUGCCACAAAAGAAUAAUUUCCAGCAACAAUCGCUGACUAUUGUUACUAUUCCGUCUGCGGAAUACGGAGUUCCGAAUCUGAAUAUACAAGAACCUUUGGGACCUGUGCACCAUCCAUCUGGAAAUUAUGGACCCCCAGAACCGAUACAGCAUGGACCUCCACAUCCGGGAGUUCCUGCACCUCCAACGCCGCCUGAUAUUAAGUACGACGGUUGGCAGCCGAUACCGGGUCUUGUGUCCAGACCCCCGUCUGACAGUUAUGGCGUUCCUGAAGGUCAACAUCACGACAUUGCCGAUUUACAACUGAAUUCUGAUUUUACACCUCCUCCUAUUGGAAGUAGUCAUGGACAUAUAUCCACGCCGUCACACUCGAUUACUGUGGGUUAUAGUCCUCCCACGCAUGGAGUAAGUGAUUCCUACGGAGCCCCACUGAAUGCCGUUACUGGGUCGGGAGCGGUCGACAGUUCGUCGGGAGACGCACAUCACGACGAUCACUCCCUGUCACUUGGACUUUCUGCUGCCGGCAUUAACGGCCAAAGUCAUCUCUCUGUAAUCAAGAGCAUCGGCUAUGAAUUGUUCCCCAAUUCCGGUACCUUAAGCCACAUCGGUGACAGUUAUAGUUCUCCACCAUUAAGUUCGUACUCUUCCGAUGGUCCAUAUGCUGCUGCCCAUUCGUAUAAAACCAGUGGGUUAUCGUCCGGGUCACACCACGGAAGUUCUAUAAAAUCUCAUCAAAGUUCGCACUUCCACAGCUCUCAUAAUUCACAUAUUUCACAUGGUUCUCAUGGGUCGCACGGGCACUCAUCGUCUUCUAUUGGUUUAGUUCCCCCCAGUGGUCUCUAUGGCACACCUCCCAGUGGCCAAUAUGGAACACCUCUUUUGUCGAAACCUAGUCAUCAGUAUGGCGCUCCCUUGAACGCGUUGAAGAUAAAUCCGCCUAAACAUCCCGUGAUUUUCCGCGAACCCGUUCCUGCCGGGUUGAUAGAAUCCAUUGGUCAGCAUACUGCGCACAAAGAUGCUCACGGCAUCAUUGAAAGUUCUCAUUCUACCAGGUAUUCGUCUGGUUCAACCUACAUUCCACCCCCGAUUCCCGAUGUUGCAAAACCAGUAAGAGAAGAAGAACCACCGGUUCCUUCACAUUUGUAUAGUUUACCUAAUCCGAGUUCUGGACUUUCAUUCCAAAAUGUCGCACAUGGUUCGUCUUUACCGGAAAUUAGUUCUCUUAGUUUAAAUUCCAACCAUUUCAGUGGUGGUCACUCCCAAGGUUUCACUAGUUACACGGCACCCUUAGGCAGCAUUGAUGGGUCUUAUAGUUUGCCUUUACAUGCAGGUCCGGGUUAUUCAAUAGCGUUAGAUAACGCACACUCGGGAGGGUUAACAGUGGGUAUUGAUCAUUCUCUUCCUCCUAUUUCUAUAGAUUUAACCACUUCAACAACAAAUCUGGGAAAGUCAAUCGCUCAGUUACCACACGCUUUUGCUUAUCAAAAUGGCCACGAUUGUAAAUCGCAUGGUUCUCAACCUUUACCGUCACUGUCAUACGGUGUUCCAUCCGCUAACAGUUACACAGCUUCUCUGUCUACUCUGACUACCAAUAUUGGUGGGGCGCAUCAGUCACACAUUCCGUCUGGAUCAUACGGUCCUCCUGAUCUUCACACUGAGCAUUCUAAGAAAGUUGCGACAGUCGUGUCCGCUAAUUCCAUAGAAGGUUCGUCGCACGGAAAGAGUUACGGAAAGUCUCUAGCCCAAAAGUUUGGUCCCGAUAGUGAGCUGAUCAGGUCCCAGAGUAUCGACAUUAAUAAUAUUCCUCUGAAGGGUUCUUUGGGUAGUUAUACUCUUCAGAUUCAGUCCGCCGAUGGCAUAGGCGGUUCCAAAUCGUCUUCGGAGCAGAUAUCGCACGCCCAGGUGUUGAAUGGGGGGUUGCUGCAGUCGAUCUUGGCCGCAAUAGAGCAGCCGGAACGAAAAGACGCAACUAUUUUGGGGCGUCCGCUGUCGCAUUUGAAACCCAGCAAGAGUUACAGCCGUCCCUUGGAUUCGGAAGGGCAGCACUCCGUGAACCAUGCAGUUGUCGUCCCGGCGCCGGUGACGGAAGCGACUUCAACGACAACAACGUCGCAUCCCCAGCCGGAGUCUGCAGCUCCUCUGCGUUUAAUAGACAACAAUGAAAUCGCGCUGUACUUCAGCAACAAUUUGCAGGACGACGCGGACUUCCAGGACAGCAAAAACAGCACAGAAGACGCCGUCCGCAACGGCCAGCAGUACGGAAGUUACGUUUCGUUCAAAACGCCAAACACCAGUUACGUGUACGGAAAGCUGUCGAGUGACAAGUCGCAAGAAACAGGGGAGAAGGAUUAGUGCGUUGAAUCUGCUCAAGAACUUUUUAGUCAUGAACUGAGUUCCACUCAAAGUUAAUAGAGCGGAGUUCGGGUGUUGUUAUUUAUGUGCGGCUCACUUUCGAGGCGAAGCCUCCAAGGCGGUCUGAUAUUAUUAGUGAUCGAAUUAAUUUAUUGUAUUAAUUGAUAACUAAACGAGACGACUUUGUACAAACUUUUUUACUUUAAAACUAAUAAACAGUCUCAAAAGUU